GAGGGGGGCAGGCGAGGUCGGGCGAGGUCGGGGGGCGCGCCGCCUCCUCUUCCUCUCCACCAGGAACUUGUCCUCUUGACACCCGUGACCUUGGGGGUCCUCCGGAAUCGUGAACAACAGUCGACGAUACCCUGGGAUGCCCUGGACGAGUUGUAUAUAAAUAGAGCGGGUCGCUGGAGGUGGAGUCGUCUUCACCAGGUGUUGAGGCAACAAGUACCUCCCUCGCUCGCCUUUUCUCUUCGUUGGUGUCCCAAGAUGAAUUUCGUGGUGCUCGCCUGCCUAGCGGCUGUCGCCGUCGCCGCUCCUCAGCGCCCCCGUCAAGACUACCGGCACGUAGCCAUCGUCUCCGACACGCGGGAGGAUCACGGUGACGGCAGGUUCAGAUACCACUUCAUCACGGAUCACGGUGUCGACGUGCACGCUGUGGGCACACCUGGCUCUGCUGGCCAGAGCAAUAUACAGGGAGGAUUCAGCUUCCCGUUCCCCGAGGGUGGCACCGGACGAUUGACUUACGUCGCUGAUGAGUAUGGUUACCGCCCGGAGUCUGACCUUAUCCCCAAGGGCCCCCCACUCCCCCCCCACGCCAUCGAGCAGAUCCGCGUCGCCGAGGAGCAGCGCCGCCGCGGUAUCACCUUCUAGCGGAGGAACCAAGAGAGAGAAGAAACUAUAUUCCAUCGAGGCGACUGACUGGUUUCAUUCCUCCGCUAACGAAGCUGCACAAAGCUGGCCGACACCUGUUCUACCUUCAGGCCGGAGACUCCUCACACUGGCAUGCAUGUUCCUAAACGCUUUAUGGGUAGAGGGAGAGAUGAUUGCCUCUAAGCAGCCGUCGCUUCUCUAAUUAAAACUAAAACGGUAAAAUUUAUGUAUAAUCUCUUCGAAUAAAAGCAUCCAUUAAACAGA